AUGGCGAAUCCCAAAGUUUUCAGCUUGGAGGGCAAGGGCCUGAAACUCACCACCGCCGAGGACAUCGAGCCGCACAUUCAGGCGCUGAAGGAGAACUCCGAUGUCGAGGAGGUCGUCUUCGUUGGCAACACACUCGGAAUAGGUGCCUCGGAGGCCUUGGCCAAGGUGCUGGAGACCAAGAAAAACCUCAAGAUCGCCAACUUUGCCGACAUCUUCACCUCGCGCCUGCUUUCCGAGAUCCCCGAGGCACUUGACCAUAUCCUCAAGGCGCUUCUCGCCCUUCCGAAACUCGAAACCGUCGACCUCUCCGACAACGCUUUCGGCCUCAACACCCAAGCUCCUCUUGUUGCCUUCCUCGCCGCGCACACUCCGCUUCGUCACCUCUACCUCAACAACAACGGUCUGGGCCCCGCUGCCGGCACACUCAUUGCCAAUGCCCUUUCGGAUCUCGCCGACAAGAAGGCUGCCGCCCGCGACGGCGGCGCCGAGGUGCCAUACCUUGAGACGGUCAUCUGCGGCCGCAACCGCUUGGAGAACGGCUCGAUGGAGGCUUGGGCACGUGCCUACUCGAAGCACACGGGCCUGCAGGAGAUCAAGAUGGUGCAGAACGGCAUCCGGCAGGAGGGCAUUACGCACCUGCUGCGUCACGGACUGGUGCAUCAGAGCCAGAUCCGCAUCCUCGAUCUGCAGGACAACACGUUCACCAAGACUGGCGCACGGGCGCUGGCCGAAAUCAUCGGCGGUUUCCCACACCUGCGCGAAUUGGGCGUGAGCGACUGCUUCUUGCAAGCCAAGGGUAGCUUGCUGCUGGGUGCGGCGCUGGCCAAGGGACAGAACCCGGAGCUGGAAAUCUUGCGCAUUCAAUACAACGACAUGAAUGCGGCAGGCCUGAAAGGCUUCGCCGAUGCAAGUGAGCACGCCCUGCCGAAGUUGCGCAGACUUGAGGUCAACGGCAACAAAUUCAGCGAGGAUGACGAGAGCGUCGAGCGCCUGCAGGACGCUUUCUCAGCGCGCAAGGAGGAGGCCGACCCCGCGUUCGUCGAGGGCCUGAAGGAGGGCUACGAGUUCGGCCUCGAUGAGCUGGACGAGCUUGACGACGAGAGCGAGGACGAGGAAGAAGAGGAGGAAGAGGAAGAGGAGGUGAAGGAAGAUGUGGUCAAGAAGGCGGACGAGGCGGAGGCGCAGAAGGUCAGCGAGAAGAAGGACACGAGCGUCGACGAGCUGGCCAACAUGCUGGGUAAGACUGGAUUGUAA